AUGCCUUCCGUCGCCCAGAAAGCCGGGGAAAUUGUUGAUCAUGUUGGCCAUCGCGUCCACCAUGCCGCCAAAAGCGUCGAGGCCCAAAUCGGGGCUACCACGAACCAACUCCUCCCACCCCGUCGCCGGGAGGAGAUGAUUGAGCAGUCACGCGACUAUGCCAAUCGAAACCCCAAGACAGCAGCAUUCCUUACCACCCAAGCCGCAUUCACCGGCAUUCCCCUCGUUCUCUUCCUCGCCUUCGCAGCCGCCACCCUUCUUGUCUCCUUGACGACCUGCCUUUUCCUCGGUCUGCUCGUCUCUCUCAGCGUCACCUUCUUCGUCGUUGGUUUUGCUCUGCUUUUUGUUGUACCCACUGUCUUCAUCGCUAGCUGCUCAGCCACCUUCAUUUUCAUCUGGGGCUUAGCAGGCUUCAUCAUCCUCCGCAAGUUCAAUGAGCGUGGAGCAUCAGCCAAGCCUAGCACUCGCUUUGGUGGUACGGUGAAGAACGGCAAUGCUACUGGUACUGGAGGAACAUAUGCAGAUGAUCCAACAAGCUCUGGAGACGGCGGGCCAGUGAAUCGAGUACAUGGUGCUGUUGAAUGGGAAAGGAAGUGGGCAGAUGGAGUGAAGCCUGACUCUGUUGUGCUGGAAACAGACAACGCCUACCAAGCGCUGAAAGCGGAGACCCCCGUGCCUUCAGUCUCGUUCGCGUGA